ACGAGUACGGAGCCGAGGGGUUCUCCGCUCAGGGUUUCUCACACGGGGGCUCCGUCAGAGGAGGACCUCCGUCAGACACCUACGAGGACCAGGACCGGGGUCUGGGUCCAGGUCCCGCCCCGGGGAUCGGCUUCUCACCCGGCCCAGGACCGGGCGCAUCGGGAGCCCCCAACACCAACACCAACUACAACAACAUCCACAUCCCGCCGGGAGCCCAUGCCCCGGCCAACACUCCGGCCGAGCUGCCUCCCCCCUCAGCAGUUAAACCCGUGCCUGUGCCCCGAUCUCUGCCGUCUGUCGACCCCACACUGCUCAACGCCCAGCAGCAGGGCGGCGUCCAUCUCUCCCCAGAGGACUUCACCAAGGCGCAGAAGUACUGUAAGUACGCAGGCAGCGCCCUGCAGUACGAGGACGUGGGCACGGCCAUCCAGAACCUCCAGAACGCCCUGAAGCUGCUGACCACGGGCAAAGAAUGAAGCCUUUGUCCUCCUGCGUCUCAUCCCUCCAUCACCCCCCCUCGUCCUUCUUUCCUUUCUCUCCACUGCAGCGGCAAUCUAUCUGUCGCUGAUCACACACACACACACACACACACACACACACACACACACACACACACACACACACACACACACACACACACACACACACACUCUGUCCUGUGAAGAGAGGACAUGAUGGAAAUCAGUGUGUAACAAUGGCCGCCUGUGUCUGACACCGCGUCGCGCUGCCUGACUGAGAUCAAAGCUUCAUCAGCGACCGCGAUCGACUUAUCGGAGAGUCAUCGGUAAAAUAAAAAACAAAAUCCUCAAAAACAAAAAACAAGACGCUCCACCGCCCGACAGUUUACUGUGAGCAAAGAUUUAUUUACACGCUUUGUUUGUUUUUUUAAGUUUUGACGGAGCAUGGCUAAUCAGGUCGUGUGCUUCUGCUCUCUAUGCUAAGCUACGCUAUGCUAAGCUAUGCUAAGCUAUGCUAAGCUGAGCGUCUCCUGGCUUCGCCUUUAUAUGUGAGAUUAAAAUAUGUUUUCUAAUGAAGCUCUGUCAUAAUUAUUAAUAAUUAACGUCCUGAGAAUGUCAAGUUUUCCUAACGAGAUGAUUUGACAAUUUGAUGAGUAAAAAAACGAGACGACUUACAGACGGACUGACUGACAUCGAUCGUUUACACUCCGGGAAUAUUCUGAAUCUGACCACCGAGCUCGUCGCUGAGAAGACUUCCAGAUGCUUCCUCUGGAUUCAAAACUCUCUCUCGCCAUCAUCGGAAACUCGCCCUAGAAACUUGUUUCUUUUUUCUUUAAAAACACGAUCCUGAGUGGUCCCCCCCGCCCCCUCGCCGUCUUCUUGUUGAUGAUUAAUUAAACUGCUGAGAUCAAACAUUCAGGUUCUGUUCAGGUGGAAGGAAUCAAACCGUCCAGUGAGUCAGUGACGGUCCCUGAGGUUUUUUUUUGGGUGGGUGGGA